AUGAGUAGCCGCGUAGGGGCGAAUGUGGAAAGCUGUUCGGAGUAUGAAGGAAUUAAACCGGAGUCCCAGCCACUGUUUUUGAAACGGUUUUGUAGUCGAAUCAGGAAAAUGUAAAAUAUCGGAAUGCAAGUUGUAGGAGUUAUAGUGAGUUUUCUUGAAACUGCUGUCGAUGGCGAGGGAUUGUUUUGGAAGCGCGAGCUAAAGCGUGGGUCACCUACUAGACGGACUUGCCUGCGCCGCGUACGACACGCUAACUCGUGUUUCAACUGGUCAGACGAAGACUGACGUCUUAAAAACUGGUAUUUCUAGUCGACAGAAUACUUGAUUACCUGUGGUGGAUAUAGUUUCUGGACUUGUCCAACUAUCAUGCCUACUCUCAGCUCGAAAAGUAGACAGAACGCAGCGGGAGCGGUUGAGGAGGGAGGCAGUAACAGCGAUCCUCUCGACACCUCGACCAAAAAGAUGUUGAAAUGUGUUGUGGUCGGCGAUGGAGCUGUGGGAAAAACCUGUUUGCUGAUGAGUUACGCCAACGAUGCUUUUCCCGAGGAAUAUUUACCAACUGUUUUCGAUCACUAUGCAGUGAAUGUAACAGUAUCUGGGAGGCAGCACUUACUGGGACUGUACGAUACUGCUGGACAAGAGGAUUACAACCAGCUGCGGCCCCUCUCUUACCCCAACACAGAUGUCUUUCUUAUCUGCUUCUCUGUCGUGAAUCCAGCUUCCUAUCACAAUGUGCAGGAGGAAUGGGUUCCUGAGCUCAAAUCCUGCAUGCCUCAUGUGCCCUACAUCCUCAUCGGGACACAGAUUGACUUGCGAGAUGACCCAAAGACACUGGCACGUCUGCUCCAGAUGAAGGAGAAGCCACUGACCUAUGAGCAAGGCCUCAAACUAGCCAGAGAGAUUGGAGCCCAGUGCUAUCUGGAAUGUUCGGCACUGACUCAGAAGGGACUAAAGACAGUAUUUGAUGAGGCCAUCCUGACAAUCUUCAGCCCAAAGAAACAAAAACGGGGCUGUGCGGCCUGCAGGGGCUGUUGUGCUAUCAUGUGAGGAUAAAACAUCUCCAACUGUGAACACCCACUCUCCUUCAAAGCUUUGGGCAGAGUAACAGACCCUAACCCGCCUCCAGUCUGCUGUACAUCCUUCCUUUGCCCUCGGUUUGUAUGUCUUGUGGAGAGCUACACUGUCCAAAACAAGUGCCUAAACUUCCCCCCCGCAUUGCCUUACAGGAUCCGCUUCUCAAGCCAAAGAAGUCUCAGACGGGACAGCGGUUUCUUGAACCAACGUGGCGCGACAUCGCCAAUCUCCAAUCCAACAUUUCAGAUUCAGCUCUGAGCCAUUGGAUUUUAUAUAUAUAU